AUGAGCACCCCUCGCAGCAUCCUCGUCAUCGGAGCCGGUGAGCUAGGCACCUAUGUUCUGCAAGCCCUAGCCCACCAUCCUGAAAGACAGCCCGAUACAACCAUCUCAGUCCUACUCCGGGAGAGCUCCAUCAAUGCCAAAGAGGCGAGCAAAGCAAAGCGUACCGAGAGCUUCCGCGAACUCGGAAUCACGUUCACAGCUAGUGACCUCACCCUGGACUCCGAAGAGAAACUCGCCUCAAUCUUCAAGGAAUUCGAAGUCGUCAUUUGUUGCACCGGGUACAUGGCCCAAAGCGGGCUUCAAAUCAAAAUCUCCAAAGCCGUUCUUGCUGCCCAAGUGCCGUACUAUAUCCCAUGGCAGUUCGGCAUGGAUUAUGAGGCCAUCGGACGAGAAUCGGGAAUGUUCGACGAGCAGUUGGAUGCGAAAGAGUUGCUUCGGUCCCAGAAGACGACCCGGUGGUUGGCACUCGCGACGGGGUUUUUUACCAGUGUUAUCUUUCCUCCAGUUGGGGGUUUGGUGGAUGUGGAAAACAAGGUUGUCUACGGCAGUGAGGACUGGGAUAACCAGUUUGUGAUCACCACCACGAAGGAUAUUGGGAAGUUCACGGCGGAGAUUGUGCUAGGGCCGGAACGAGAUGCUGUCUUUGUGAACGGGCCGGUCUAUGUUGCCGGGGACACGGUUUCCUAUCGCGAUGUGGCUAAUGCCAUGGAGGAGGUUACUGGAGAGAAGUUCACGCGGAAGCUCUUCACCCAGAAGGAAGCCCAGGAUGGUUUGCGGGAGAAUCUCACCGUGGGAAACAUCUGCCGUACUGUUUUCGCACAAGGGAAGGGUUUCCUUUUUGAUCCCAAGGAUCUUUGGGUACCUCAUGCUCCUUUGGAGACAACUACUCUCAGAGAAUUUGCUGAAGAGCAUGUCCGGGUUUGA